AUGGCAUCAAUAGUCCCAAGGUUUCGGUGUCUUAAUGUGCCUCCAUUGCGACAAGCAACAAGAAACAUUCUCUCAAUCCCUACCGCAACUUCAAGAUCAUUCGCCACUGAAACAGAUGCAUCCAAGCCGGAACCCAUUACGAAGAGACGUCCUACAUACUUUAAAGACGAAGUCAAUGCCGUUCCUUCUUUCUCCGAAUUCGUGGGCUUGCCAGAUAAGGCUUGGUCAACGGAAGAUGCCCUUGAAUUGCGCACUGCGAUGGUCGGUCCUCCUGGGAAGAAGAGACAAAUUACAAGAUUACCUACAUGGUUAAAGACACCAAUUCCGGAUAAUUCGAAUUACAAAAAGAUCAAAAAGGAUCUGCGAGGCUUAAAUUUACAUACUGUCUGCGAGGAAGCAAGAUGUCCGAACAUCUCGGAUUGUUGGGGUGGUGAUGAUAAAAGUGCUGCGACUGCGACGAUUAUGUUGAUGGGAGAUACUUGCACGAGAGGAUGUCGAUUCUGUAGUGUCAAAACAUCAAAAGCGCCACCUCCGUUGGAUCCGCACGAACCUGAAAAUACUGCUGAAGCUUUAUCGAGAUGGGGUCUAGGUUAUGUCGUUUUGACGUCUGUGGAUAGAGAUGAUCUUGCAGAUGGGGGAGCAAGACAUUUUGCAGAAACAAUCAUGAAAAUCAAGCAGAAGAAAUCGACUAUCUUGGUCGAGGCCUUGACUGGUGAUUACGCUGGAGAUUUGGAAAUGGUGAAAUUGGUCGCGGAAAGUGGUCUGGAUGUAUAUGCGCAUAACAUGGAGACUACUGAAGAACUUACACCAUCUGUUCGAGACCGCAGAGCGAAAUAUAGACAAAGUCUGACAGUUCUGGAUGCGGCGAAGAAGGCCGUACCUUCAUUAAUUACGAAGACAAGUAUUAUGCUUGGAUUGGGCGAAACCGAAGAAACAUUAUGGCAGACAUUGAGAGAUCUUCGAGAGGUCAAUGUUGAUGUCGUUACCUUCGGUCAAUACAUGCGCCCGACCAAGCGCCACAUGAAAGUAGAAGAAUAUGUUUCACCCGAUGUUUUCGAGACGUGGCGUCAACGCGCAUUAGAUCUCGGAUUCUUAUAUUGUGCCAGUGGACCUCUAGUGAGAAGUUCAUACAAAGCGGGUGAGGCAUUCAUAGAGAAUGUUAUCAAGAAGAGGAAAGGUGUGACUAUAUUGUCUGAUGCAGCUACCGAAUUUCCCGCUCAACCCGACUCCUCGGAAAUUCUCCAACAAUGUCUUCAAGCGCAUUCCGUUCCCUAUUCGAAGUCUACUUCUGCGAAUUGGGCCAAUUUGACUACUCCUUUCAACUUACGUCUCCCGUAUACGCCUACGGCAGUGACGUUACCGAAGACGCCUGAGGAGGUGGGGGAUAGUGUUACCUGUACUGCGAAAGCGGGUUUGAAGGUCCAGCCGAGGGGCGGUGGUCAUAGUUAUGCUAGUUAUAGUAUUGGGGGGCAUAAUGGGAGUGUGGUGGUGGAUAUGAGUGGGUUUGAUGAUAUUGUGGUGGAUCAGAAGACGUUUAUUGCGAAGAUAGGCGUGGGCCAGAGACUGGGGAAUGUUGCGUUGGGCAUUCAUACGCAGGGUGGUAGAGCUCUGCCGCAUGGUACAUGUGCUGGUGUUGGGAUAGGUGGACAUGCAACCCAUGGUGGAUAUGGUUAUGAUUCUCGUCUCUGGGGCUUAGCACUCGGCACAAUCGUCGGUCUCGACGUCGUCCUUGCAAAUGGCACAUUCAUCCAUGCGAACGAAACACAGAAUAUCGAAAUGUGGUAUGCUUUGCGAGGAGCCGCCGAUGCUUUCGGAAUCGUUACACACUUCUAUAUGCAGACUUUAGCCGCACUAGAAGAAGUCACAUACUUCACAGCCAAGCUAUCGUCUACGCUAUCCAGCGCCGACAAAGUCUCUGCAGCUUUCUUGAAAACUCAGAAUUUUGUCCUCACGAACCCACUCCUUACACCCAACAUCUCAUUCGGCUUCAACGUCAAUAGUGCGGGAGGUCUGGCCAUCACAGGAAUGUGCAUGUUCUGCGACCUCGCCUUAUUCCGCGACGUUGUCUUCCCUCAGCUCGUAUCCGGCUUCGACAUCGACACCCGAAACAUAACAAAUCUCUCCUGGAUCGACACCCUAGCUACUCUCGCCGCACCAGAUCCGCUCGCCCAACCCCUCAUCAACUACAAGUUACACGAUACAUUUUACGUCAAAUCGCUCGUCACCAAGAACGAAAAGCCUCUUACACCAGAAGCCGUCCACGCAUUUUUCGAUUACAUUCUUUCGCACCUAUCCCCCGAGAUCCCCUAUUUCUCCAUCAUAAACCUCUAUGGAGCUCCCGGAUCCGUGAUCGACAGCGGGGAGGUUUCAUCUGCGAGUCAUUCGGAUAUGGAUGCACUGUGGGUAUUUCAAAACUACGGAUACACACCAAAUCAUCUCCCACCUUGGAAUCAGCGUAUCACGCAAGUAAUAGAAGGUAUGACGAAUGCCGUCACCGAUGCACAACCUGCGGGGAAUAUCUCGGGAUAUGUAAAUUAUGUAGAUCCGGAUUUAACGGCUGAGGAAGCGGCUGAGCAGUAUUAUGGAGCGAGUACUUAUGAUAAGUUGUUGGGGAUUAAGACGGAGGUUGAUAGUGGGUUUGUUUUUUGGAAUCCGCAAGCUGUUGGGAAUGUGGGAAUUUUGCCUGUGGUUGUUGGAGAAGAAGGUAAUUGA